AUGAAAUGGAGAACAUCGUCUCCCGAUUAUUUCAAAACCAUAUUUACGUCGAGUAACCCAUCUACAGCUGAUUUAGAUGAGGUGUUGGAAGCUAUUGAGCCUCGAGUUAGUGCAAUAGUGAACGGAGUUUUAAUGGAGGAAUACACGGCGGUAGAAGUAAAAAAAGCGCUCGACGGGAUGCACCCUCUGAAAUCUCCAGGCCCCGACGGCUUUCCCGUGGUUUUCUACCAGCGCUUUUGGAAUAUAAUUGGUAACGAGGUUACGCAAUGGGUUUUAAGGCUUCUCAAUCACAAAGAAAUUCCUACAGCAGAAGCUUUGAGUGCUCUGAUUAAAAGAGAAGAACGACGCGGCAAUAUAGCGGGAUUGGCCGUUUGCAAUGCAGCUCCGGAGGCCUCGGGUCAGAUUGUUAAUUAUACGAAAUCUUGCAUUGCUUUUAGUAAGAAGACGAGCGUAGAGAAUGUAAAUUUGAUUUGCUCGAAACUUAAUAUGGAAGUGGUGGACAAACAUGAUAAGUAUUUAGGCCUACCUUCUGGGUUAGGAAAGUCUAAACGAGAAGCUUUCGUGAAUAUUCGAGACCGAGUUUGCCAACGUCUUCAAGGGUGGAAAGAAAAAUGGCUUUCAAAAGGGGGGAAAGAAAUUUUAAUUAAAGCGGUGAUUCAAGCUAUCCCGACAUAUGCGAUGAGUUGCUUUCGACUUCCACGAUAUUUUACCGAAGAAAUCGAAAGGUUGAUGGCUAAGUUUUGGUGGGAAGAUAGUCAAGGCAAAGGAGUUCAUUGGGCCAGGUGGAAGGAAUUGUGUAAAAGCAAGGAUUUUGGGGGUCUUGGCUUUCGAGACUUGCACGCUUUCAAUACGGCGCUAUUAGCCAAACAAGUCUGGCGGUUGUUGGUAUCUCCACAUAGUUUACUGGGAAGAAUCUUUAAGGCUAGAUAUUACCCACAUUCGGACAUUUUGGGCUCAGGUUUAGGGUCUAAUCCGUCAUAUACGUGGAGAAGUAUUUGGGGAGCGAUAGAACUAGUGGAGAAAGGCUCACGCUGGAGAAUUGGAAAUGGGGCGAAAGUGACCAUUUGGCGAGAUAAAUGGCUUCCAAGAGAACGAACUUUUAAAGUUUUCACUCCUCGAGAAAACUGGCCGAUUGAUAUGAAGGUGCAAAGCCUUAUUGAUGGUAAUACAGGUCUAUGGAAAGUUAAUAUGAUUGCAUCUAUGUUCUAUGAGGAGGAUCGGAAAAGUAUUCUCUCUAUACCAAUUGGAAGCGCGAUUAAUGAAGAUCGACUUAUAUGGCAUUACAAUAAGAAUGGGUUAUUCUCCGUUCGAAGCGCCUACCAUACCGCGGUUCAUUUAGAGCAAGAGAAAGCGGGUGUUAAUAUUGCAAGUGGUUCAUCUCUCGUUUCAUCGAGAUCUUGGAAAUGGCUUUGGGACUUGAAUUUGCCGAAUAAGAUCAAGAUCUUUUUAUGGCGUUGUUGUAAUAAUCUUCUUCCGACACGCCAAAAUCUUACUAAUCGGAAGAUUUUAGAAAACAGUUUAUGUGAAAUUUGUGGGGCUGCAGAGGAGGAUGUGUUGCAUUGUUUGUCCUUAUGUUCGUUUGCGAGGCAGAUGCAAAGAUCGAGUAUCAAGUGGGAGGUUCCAUUUAGAGACGAGGUGAAAAUUAAUGUCGACGCUUCACUUGCUUCGGUGGAACAUGGUUGCGGGCUAGGAGGUUUGGGAAGGACAUCUGAUGGAAAUUGCAUAGCCUGGUUUUCGACACAUUGUCCUCUUUUCAUUGAUCCUACUUCAGCCGAGGCUAUGGCGGCUCUCAAAGCUAUGGAAUUCGCCCAAAACCACCGGUGGAGUAGAGUAGUUCUCGAAUGCGAUUCUAGCACUAUAGUUGCUGCUAUUGCUGGAGAGUUUGGUAGUCGCACGAUCUACGGUAAUGUUAUUGACGACAUUAAACGCUUAGCCAGCACGUUUGAAGUGUUCAAGAUUCGUCACGUUAAGAGAGAAGCAAACCGCGCAGCCCAUGAGAUUGCUAGGCUUUCGUCGAUAGACUCUUUUAUGUCGAACGUUCUUCCUAAUUUUAUUAUUGAUAUUGUAAAAUCUGAGUUUCCUCAUUAA